AUGAACAACAAGCCCCUAUACAAACAAAAAUGUCAUCACGUUCCCAUGAGCAAGCACUGGCCGCCCUGCUAUCCCAACUUGCUCUCUCCUUCGACGGAGCAAUUCUCGGGGCAGCUCUUGCCUACGCCGCCGUACGUGCAAUUCUCAAUUACACUGCAAAUUCCAAAUCCCUUGCCAAAAUCAGCAAGGCACCCACUCUUUCCGUCUCCGACCUCCGAUCGCUCCUUCAAAAUCACGAUCAAGACCACCAGGACCAUGAGCAUAACCUCGUAAUUGUCAAAGGAAUCGUUGAGGCUAAAUCAGCCGUUGAAUGGACAUGGAAGGAGAGCUUUAGACCCCCUAAGGUCUUGCUUUCUCAUAAUUCUGCUUAUAAGGCGGUUAUUCUUCAAAAAACUCAAACUUGUAUAUACAACGAAUGGAAGGGCUUUUUAGGAUGGACUUCCGAGUUGCGGGCUAUCUUUGGCAGAUCUUUGAAAGAACAAGAAACAACCUUAUUAAGAACGGUUCCUUUUAUACUAGUUGAAGGUGCUCAAUGGCCACGGUCUGAUUAUGUUAUCGUGAACAUGGUCGGAUCAGCACACCCCCUACCUCUUACAACUGUUUAUCAUCAGUUGCAACGCAUUGCUGCUUCUCGUUAUACAUUCAUUCAGGCACUUUUUGGUCAUGAAUACCCUGUUGGGGUGCUUCACGAGGAGAAAAUCCUGCCAUUAGGGAAGUGUAUCAGUGCUGUUGGCAUUUGCAAUUCUAAAAAAGGAAUUCCUGAGAUAAAAUCUUGCAAGGAUCUUCCCUAUUUUCUGGCUGACAUUACCAAAGAUCAAAUGGUGGCAGAUCUUGCCUUCAAGGCGAAAAUACAGCUAUGGAGUGGUAUUGUUCUUGGUUCACUUUCAAUUGGGGUCCUUGGCUUCGCUGUUAUGAGGAACUGGAAUAAAUGGCAAGCGUGGAGGCAAAGACACUCUCACCUGCCGAACCAUACUACCAUUGAUGCAGAUGUCUCUCGGAUUGAUGAAGAUGAAGCAGGAGAUGUGCCAGAUGGACAGUUGUGUGUGAUCUGCUUAACGAGGAGAAGGCGAUCUGCAUUCAUUCCCUGUGGGCAUCUUGCAUGCUGUCAUUUCUGUGCUAUAUCAGUUGAAAGUGAGGUAUCCCCCAAAUGCCCUCUCUGUAGGCAGGCAAUCCGAAAUUCUAUCAGGGUUUUUGAAUGUUGAGUGACAGAGAAUUACUGUUUUAUGUAACAUAACGCUGUAUGAAGAGUAUAUCUAUGGUAUAGAAGGUAGCUCAAUUAAUUUCCA